AGUUCCCUGCAUUGCGAUGCCCCGCGGGAAGUCUGCACCGGGCGGCCUCGGUGCCGCCGCCCGCCCAGCGCCGGGCAGGCAAGCGGUGCUGAGCCGGUUCUUCCGGGCUAAGGAGAGCCUCAGGUCCACCUCGUCCCCGGCGGGCCCAGGCGACAUGGCGAGCCGCGGCUCCGCAGCGCCCCCAGCGUCCACCGCUUCGCCGCGCACGGCCGGCUUGGGGCGGGGCUUCCGCUGGUGGCGCGCGGCCGCCGUAGCUCUGGGGGAAGUGGUGGCUUCCUGGGCGGCCGCGCGGUGCGGUGCGGUGCGGGUGCCCGAGCCGUCCGGGGCUCCUCGCCGGCUCGCCGGGGAGGCGGGGCCUGCGGUCCUCGAGGCGGCCGCCCUGAGGGUGCCGGUGUGGAAGGCGUCGCGCGUUGUUUCCGACGCCGCACCGCCGGCCGCGGGCCUGAGGUGUUUCCUGGGCCUCUGGGCGCGGGAGAGGUGCGCUGCGGUCGGGGGCCCGCGGCUUGCCGCCUUCCCAAGCCUGCCUAGAGCAGAGAUGACACAGCUUCUUCCCUGCUCCCCGGUGCAGGACGCGGAGGCCGGCAGGAGGAGGAGGUCCCUGCAGCAGGACGGGCCGGCCAGAAAGAAAGCGCGGCCGGUGGGAGACCAGGAGGGAGCAGGUGGCUCAGCUCUGCCCGGCAGCCCGGAGCUGAGAAAGUGCCCGAGGGCCGGGCUGGUGUUGAAGUCUCUGGAGAAACUGAGGCAGUUCUGCUGUGACUCGGCGCCGCCCCCUCCAGCCCGAGCCCUGACCGAGCCGCCUGGGGAGAGGCUGGCGGUGCUGGCCAAGUGCACCGACUACGAGGACAUCAGCCUGCUGCGGGCCAAGCACGCGGCUGCUGCGGGCGACCCCUGCUCUCCGGCCGGCCACCAGCUCAGUGCACUUGGCUCGUCACGUGUUAGCCACGGGGACGCGCAGAAGCCCGGCGGGGCCACGCCGGCGAACAAGCGGAGCAAGAGCGUGUACACGCCGCUGGAGCUGCAGUACCUGGAGCUGAAGCGGCAGCACCGGGACGCCGUUCUGUGCGUGGAGUGCGGCUACAAGUACCGCUUCUUCGGGGAGGACGCCGAGAUUGCAGCUCGAGAGCUGAAUAUUUAUUGCCAUUUGGAUCACAACUUCCAGACGGCUAGCAUACCCACUCACAGGCUGUUUGUUCACGUGCGCCGCCUCGUGGCCAAAGGCUACAAGGUGGGCGUGGUGAAGCAGACUGAGACGGCAGCCUUGAAGGCCGUCGGGGACACCAGGGGCUCCGUGUUCAACCGGAAGCUUACCGCGCUGUAUACCAAGUCCACGCUCAUUGGGGAAGAUGUGAAUCCUCUGAUCAAACUGGAUGAUGCUGUGCAUGUGGGCGAGGUCACGGCUGACGCUGCUUCCGACUAUCUCCUGUGCAUCUGUGAAAACAAGGAAAGUGCUAAGGACAAAAGAAAGGGCAGCAUUGGCAUUGGCAUCGUGGGGGUGCAGCCCUCCACAGGCGAGGUGGUGUUCGACAGCUUCCAGGACUGUGCUUCCCGCUCGGAGCUGGAGACGCGGCUCGCGGCCCUGCAGCCCGUGGAGCUGCUGCUGCCUUCCCGCCUGUCCGAGCAGACCGAGCGCCUCCUUCGCAGAGCCACGGCCGGCAGCGUGCGGGAUGACAGGAUGCGAGUGGAGAGGCUGGAGGACGUGUACUUCGAGUACAGCCAUGCUUUCCAGGCGGUCACUGAGUUUUACACAAAGGAUACGGUGGACACUCAAGGUUCUCAGAGUCUUUCUGGCAUCCUUAACCUAGAGAAGCCUGUGGUCUGUUCUUUGGCUGCUGUAAUAAAAUACCUCAAAGAGUUUAACUUGGAAAAGAUGCUUGCCAAACCUGAGAACUUUAAGCAGCUCUCAGGUGAAGCAGAGUUUAUGACUAUUAAUGGACCGACAUUGAGGAAUCUGGAAAUCCUGCAGAAUCAGACUGAUAUGAAAACCAGAGGGAGUUUACUUUGGGUCUUGGAUCACACAAAGACUUCAUUUGGACGACGGCAGUUAAAGAAGUGGGUGACCCAACCACUCCUUAAAUUGAGGGACAUCAAUGCCCGACUCGAUGCUGUAUCUGAAGUUCUCCAUUCAGAAUCCAGUGUGUUUGAGCACAUAGAAAGCAACCUGCAUAAAUUGCCUGACCUUGAGAGAGGACUUUGUAGUAUUUACCACAAAAAGUGUUCCACUCAAGAGUUUUUCUUGAUUGUCAAAACUCUGUGUCACCUGAAGUCAGAACUGCAAGCGCUGACACCUGCUGUGAGUGGCCAAGUGCAGUCGGAGCUGCUGCGGACGUGUGCUCUAGACAUCCCCGAGCUCCUGAGCCCAGUGGAAUGGUACCUGCACGUCCUUAACGAGCACGCUGCCAAGAAUGGAGAUAAAACUGAAUUAUUCAACGACCUCUCUGACUUCCCUUUAAUAAAAAAGAGGAAGGAUGAAAUUCAAGAAGUUACAGAGAAGAUCCAAAUACAUUUGCAAGACAUCCGAAAAAUACUAAAAAAUCCUUCCGCACAGUAUGUGACAGUGUCAGGGCAGGAGUUUAUGAUUGAGAUAAAGAAUUCUUCUCUAUCUUGUAUACCAACUGACUGGAUAAAGGUUGGAAGUACAAAAGCUGUGAGUCGCUUCCACUCUCCUUUUAUUGUCGAAAAUUACCGAUGUCUGAAUCAGCUCCGAGAGCAGCUUGCCCUGGACUGCAAUGCCGAGUGGCUUGGUUUUCUAGAGACGUUCAGUGGACACCAUCAUGCCCUGUGUAAGGCAGUGCGUCACCUAGCAACGAUGGACUGCAUCUUCUCCCUGACCAAGGUCGCUAAGCAAGGAAAUUACUGCAGACCGACUGUACAAGAAGAAAGGAAAAUCAUAAUAAAAAAUGGAAGGCAUCCUGUGAUUGAUGUAUUGCUUGGAGAGCAGGAUCAAUAUGUUCCCAAUAGUACAAAUUUAUCAGGGGACUCCGAGAGAGUCAUGAUCAUCACUGGUCCAAACAUGGGUGGGAAGAGCUCCUACAUCAAGCAGGUCGCACUGAUCACCAUCAUGGCUCAGAUGGGCUCCUAUGUCCCUGCAGAGGAGGCCACGGUGGGGCUUGUGGACGGCAUUUUCACAAGGAUGGGUGCUGCAGACAACAUAUAUAAAGGGCGGAGCACAUUCAUGGAAGAACUAACCGACACAGCAGGAAUUAUCCGGAAGGCAACAGCACAGUCCUUGGUCAUCCUGGAUGAGCUGGGAAGGGGCACCAGCACUCAUGAUGGGAUCGCCAUCGCCUACGCCACUCUGGAGUAUUUUAUUAGAGAUGUGAAGUCCCUCACCCUGUUUGUCACCCAUUACCCACCAGUUUGUGAACUGGAAAAGCAUUACUCACAGCAAGUGGGCAAUUACCACAUGGGAUUCCUGGUCGCCGAGGACGAGCCCAGACAGGACCCAGGUGAAGAGGAGCCAGCCCCUGGUUUCGUCACAUUUCUUUAUCAAAUCACCCGAGGAGUUGCUGCCAGGAGCUAUGGCCUGAAUGUGGCUAAGCUGGCAGAUGUCCCUGGGGAAGUUCUGCAGAAAGCUGCCUGCAAGUCACAGGAGCUGGAAGGAUUGGUGACCACGAAAAGGAAAAGGUUGAAGUACUUUACACAGUUAUGGGCAGCGCACAGCGCACAAGAUCUGCGGGAGUGGACAGAGGAGCUUCAAGACGGGCUGUAGACUUCCCCGACUGCAAUGCACCGAAUUCGGGGACUGGUGCGUCCAGGUGUGCAGGAGCCUGCAGUGACGCCCGCCUGGGCGAGGUGUGGGCGCAGCGUGCACCUGUGGGCUCUGCCUCGUGCGAAGACAGCUUUCAAGUUCCUGCUCUCUCGGGGUUUCAGAGCCCAGUGCCUUUUGAAUAGUAAGACUUCGCUUAUUCAACCCUAAGUUUCACAGACAGGAAGUUUCACACAAAAAUCAGAACCUCUUGCAUAAAACCACAAGUCUAGGCAGAAAGCAAUUCAUGCGCUUUGGGAGUGUAAUCUAAACAUUUAAUUGACAUGUUUUUUGUUCCAGUUCAAAUAAUUGGCAACUGGGUAACUGGCAGGAAUCAACCUUUCCACUUGAAGUAAAAUAAUUUUUAUAAUGCCAUCAGUUUACCGUGAACGCAGGAUUUUUUUUUUUUAAACAGAAACCAUUGCCAGGUUUUUAGCAGUGAAAGCACAGCAGGAACGGGGCUGUCUGAAGAGGAAACAUCGUCAUGGUUUUAAGUCACUUCAAGAGUGUUGGAUCAACUCAUUUGUUCUAAUAAUAAAGUAUAAUAUAAUGAGCAUUUGCUAUA